AUGAUAUCGUUAAAGUGUUGUCGGGUGUUGCAGAAUGGCCGACGCCUUCAAGCCUUCUUAAGGAAUACGAGGAGGUUAACUACAGAACAUACAGAAUCAUCAGAACCAGAGUUUUCAGAGUUGAUUGAUGAGAUGGUCAGCACAACAGAACAAAAGGUAAGUCGAUAUAUGUGGCAGAGAUAUGUUUAGGAAACCAAUUUUGCCAAAUUGUUCAAGAACUCAAAGUUUGUUCAAUUGGGAGACUACGACGGACGAUUGGUGUCUGGUAAGAUUGUUCACCGUGUUGGAAAUGACCUUUAUAUUGACUUUGGGUGUAAAUUCAAUACUGUUUGUAAAGCGCCAGAAGACAGCGAGUAAGUAUAACAUUUUUGGCUAUAAUGAUGUGUUUUACGUACCUGAAACGAAGGAUUUUACAUUUAUAGAGGUUAUUUGGUCGGAGCUAAUGUACUGGUACGCUUACAUGAUCCAGAACUGUCAGAACGUUUCCUUGGUUCAAGAUAUGAUCUCACGAUUCUCGAAGCCGAUGCCACGCUUAUCGGGUUGUAUGGAAGACGACGAACAGGUGAGUGUAACAACAAUAUUAUUCUCGGUGUAACGUUUUUCACGAAAUUUAAGUUUAUUAUCAUAUUUUACGUAUUUUAGCGGAAGAAACAAAGACGCAAUAG